AUGAAAGCAGAAGAAUUCAAGUUUUAUGCCAAAGAUGGUGUAGAAAUUUGCAUUGCCACUCCUGGUCGCCUGAUUGACUUUUUGGAAGCUGGUAAAACUAAUUUACGACGUUGCACUUAUCUUGUGUUAGACGAAGCUGAUCGUAUGCUCGAUAUGGGUUUUGAACCGCAGAUUCGGAAGAUUGUCGAACAAAUAAGAGUAUAUAAAGUAACAGAACAUAAUAGACCAAAGAGAAUUCAAUUAGUACAAAAUAAAGAUUUUAAAGUUUUGUUGGACACAGUCUAUUUGAUAAUACAUGAAAGAUACUUUGUCUUUAAUGGUGCCUGCCAUAAGCAGAAACAUGGGAUCUUCUGUGGCUAUCCAAUUGUAGGAUUUGUAACAGAAUUAGUGAUGUGA